UGUGGGAAAUUUAUCUCGACUUUUGAAUACGUCCAGCAACAACUUUGCUUAUUUAUAGGAUUUGGAUAACAAUUGGGUGUGUGGGCAGGUGGUGUUGAACGCUGGGAAGGAAAGUAUUGGAAGAACCCUUCGAACUCCUCGAACUCCAACAACACCCACAAGGCCAUAGUGAAAGCCAAAGCAAAUGAAGAGCCGUGGUUUUCUGAGAUGGUAUUCCUUCCCCUCGUCAUCUUAACCAUUCUCAGUAGCUCCCGAGCAAAACAACCCCAGCCCAUCUCAAAUCCAUUGGAAAUGGACCAGUUCAUCAACUCAAUCUUCAAAUGGAGAGGAACCCAGAUGAGUCCAGCAACUCGCAACAGUAUUGCAGGGUUGCUCUGCUUUGUGGCUGCGUCUAUAUCCAGCGCAGGAGGGAUUGGAGGAGGUGGGAUUUUCUUGCCCAUACUGAACAUAGUGGUUGGUCUAGACCUGAAAACAGCUUCAAGCUUCUCUGCUUUCAUGGUCAACGGAGGGUCUAUUGCCAAUGUUAUCUACAACUUGUUGAGGGGGGAAGCUCUGAUCGAUUAUGACAUAGCACUCUUGUCUGAGCCCUCCAUGUUGUUGGGGGUGAGCGUUGGAGUGAUCUGCAACACCGUCUUCCCUGAGUGGUUGAUUACUGUACUGUUUGCAAUCUUUCUUGCUUGGUGUACCAUCAAGACCUGCAAAUCUGGGUUUUUCUAUUGGACAUCAGAGUCAGAAAAGGCCAGGAGAAGAGUGGUUAUAGAGUCAGGAAAUGGGUCUGUUGGUGAUGAGAUAGGUUACGAGAAGCAAGACGAGAAGGAGGAAAGCAUUAAAGAGCCUCUUUUGGGUAAGGAUGGAUGUGGGAAGAGAGAAAGUGGUAUGGAGACUCCAUGGAAGAAAUUGGGGUUUCUAUUGAUGAUAUGGUUUGCUUUCCUUGCACUGCAUGUUCUUCGGGGAGAUGGAGAUGGAAACCAUCGCCAGAGCAUUACAGGAUUAAAGCUGUGUGGAGUUGGAUACUGGAUCAUAUCAGCGUCCCAAAUCCCUGUUGCGAUGGUGUUUACAGCUUUGAUUCUAUACUGGAAGGGAAGCAGAGAUGCAGGAGAGCGGUUCUUCAAUCAACAGGAGGAGAAAAGAGAAGGGCAAUUGGAAAGGAGGAGAAGCUGUUCCAGCCUUCGUUUUCCUACCAUGGCACUCAUGGCUGGGAUUUUGGGUGGUGGCUUUGGGAUUGGCGGUGGAAUGCUUAUCAGUCCUCUUCUUCUUCAAAUUGGAAUUCCUCCAGAGGUAACAGCUGCGACUUGUUCAUUUAUGGUUCUCUUCUCUUCAUCAAUGUCUGCAGUUCAAUACUUACUGAUGGGUAUUAAGGAUAUAGAUGCUGUUCUCAUCUUCACUCUUAUCUGUUUUGUGGCUUCACUUGUUGGAUUGGUGAUAGUACAGACAGCCAUUGUGAGAUAUGGGAGGGCUUCCCUCAUUGUAUUCUCAGUAGCCAUUGUUAUGGCUUUAAGCACCAUCUUGAUUACAAGUUUUGGUGCUGUUGAUGUAUGGCAGUCCUACAUGACAGGAAAAUACAUGGGAUUGAGGCUUCCCUGUUAAUGGAAGAACUGAAUAUCAAUUUUGUAAGAAAAGUUAGAAACUUUUUUGUUUCUGGGUGGAAGAAUAAAGGAAGAUGAAGAACUGAUCCAAAA